CUUUUUUCCAUUUUCUUUUCCUUUUCCUUCACCAAUCCAUCCCCUCCUCCGCAGCAGUCGACCCCAUCUCCACCCCCCCUUCGUGACCUCCGUGGCCUGCACUCCCUUCCUCCUCGACCCCCCGCCUCGUCUUUACAAACAUCUCCUCCUAUCCUCUACCCCGCCAAGGUUAUGGGUAAAAAGACCAUCGAUCUCGAGCCAGAGACGCCCUAUCACUCUUACUCUGUCGACCGAGUCGUCGAACAACUCAACACCUCCAUCCUUGAAGGUCUCUCCUCCGAAGAAGCUGCCAACCGACUCAAGUCCCACGGACCCAAUGAACUCGAGGGCAAGGGCGGUGUCAAAUGGUACAAGGUGCUCCUGCGCCAGGUAGCCAACGUUCUCGUUUGUGUCCUGCUCAUUGCCACUGUCCUGGCGUUCGCUACAGGGGAUUUCGCUGAAGGCGGUGUGAUUUUGUUCAUUAUUAUCACGAAUGCUGCAAUCGGUUUCUGGCAGGAAUUCAACGCCGAGCAGACUAUGGAGGCCCUCCGCAAUAUGUCCUCGCCCACGGCCCAGGUCAUCCGCGACGAAACUCGCCUCACCAUCCCCAACAACCAGGCCGUGCCCGGAGAUAUCAUGAUCUUCGAGGACGGAGAUGUCAUCGGAGCCGACUGUCGACUCUUCGAGGUCUUCAACCUCGAGACCGACGAGGCCCUCCUCACAGGCGAGUCCCUACCGGUGCAAAAAAACCUGGCCGUGAUUGACAAAGUCGACGAGGCCCUAGGCGAUCGCCUCAACAUGGUCUUCUCCUCCACCACUGUUGUCAAGGGCCGUGCUAAGGGUAUCGUCAUCGGCACUGGAAUGGACACCCAGAUCGGAAAGAUCGCAACUUCGCUCAUGAGCGUCGAUGGCGACGAACAGACCCCUCUUCAGAAGCGCCUCAAUAAGAUGGCAUAUUUUGUCUUUGCGGCGGCCAUUAUGCUUGUCAUCAUUGUGUUUGGUGUCCACGGAUUCAAGUACUCGGAGGAAACUGCUAUCUAUGCUAUUUCGGUGUCCAUUGCCAUCAUUCCCGAGGGACUGGUCGCUGUCGUCACCUUGACCAUGGCCUUUGGUGUCAGUCGUAUGGCAAGUGUCAAGGCUAUUGUUCGUCGUCUAUCUAGUUUGGAAAGUCUGGGCGCUGUCACUAAUAUUUGCUCAGACAAGACUGGCACAUUGACCCAGUCCAAAAUGGUGGCCGUCCGCAUGUGGCUCCCAGGCGAUGGCUUUUACCGCAUCACCGGUACUGGUUUUGUUCCCGAAGGCGAGAUCUACCGCCAGGGUGAGAUAGUCAACGGCGCAUUCCCAGCCAAGGAGGAGCUCAGCGUCGCCGGAAGCGGCUCCAACCACUAUCUCCGUCUUCUCCAGGCCUCUUCCCUCUGUAACAUGGCUGAGCUCCGUCGUACACUCCACCCAGAGACCCAUGGGGAAUGGUCUGCUAUUGGUGAUCCCACAGAGAUUGCUCUCCAGGUUCUUGCCCACAAGGCUGGUCUGGCCAAGCCCGAGUUGGUAGAGCAAGGUUUCAACCUCGUCGCCGAGUUCCCUUUCGACUCCUCUGUCAAGCGCAUGUCGGUCCUCUACCAGGCACCCCCUACCGAAGAGUCUUCUGGCGACCAUUACAUCUUCACAAAGGGCGCGACUGAGCGUGUUCUUCCCUGCUGCACUGCUUGGUGUGAGGGUGAUGCCGAACACAGCUUGGUAGGCGAGAAGGAUGAUCACAUUGAAUUCGAGAAUAUGGUCAUGGAGAGGAUGAGCUUGUUGGCUGAGAAGGGCCUCCGCGUCCUGACGUUGGCGUACCGCAAACUUGAAGUUAUCCCAGGCGCAGAUCUUGUCCGCGCAUUGGACCGCGACGAAAUAGAAUCCAGCAUGACCUUCCUAGGCCUGGUUGGUAUUUAUGAUCCUCCGCGUGCCGAGUCCCGUCCUGCUGUGCUUCAGUGCUAUGAGGCCGGUAUCCGUGUCCAUAUGCUGACGGGCGAUCAUCCUUCGACGGCUGCUGCGAUUGCCAAGGAGGUCGCUAUCAUUCCCGAGGACGUUUCCAUUAAGAACAACCCCCUGAUCAUGACAGCCGCUCAGUUCGAUGCCAUGUCAGACGAAGAAGUCGACAGACUGGUUGAACUCCCACGUGUCGUUGCCCGCUGCUCACCCAACACCAAAGUCAAGAUGAUCGCUGCCCUCCAUCGCCGCAACCUGUUCGCUACCAUGACCGGUGAUGGUGUCAACGACUCGCCUUCGCUCAAGGCUGCCAAUGUCGGAAUCGCUAUGGGCCAGUCUGGUUCGGAUGUUGCAAAGCAAGCCUCGGAUAUUGUAUUGACGGACGACAAUUUUGCGACGAUCGUCAGGGCUGUUGCUGAAGGCCGCCGCAUGUUUGCCAACAUCCAAAAGUUCGUCCAGCACCUGAUGUCUGCAAACGUUGCAGAGAUUGUGGUUCUAAUUAUCGGCUUGGCGUUCAAGGACAAUGAUAACAUGGCGGUCUUCCCCAUGAGCGCUGUCGAGAUUCUGUUUUUGAACAUGAUCACAUCCUCUCCUCCUGCCAUGGGUCUUGGACUGGAGCCACCAAGUGAGUCCAACAUGCGAGAGCCCCCACGGUCUGCCAAGCAAGGUCUGUUCUCGUUUGAGGUUGUGAUGGAUACCUUUAUCUACGGCUUGGCCAUGGGUGCCCUUUCAUUCGCGUCGUUCGUCAUCGUCAUCUUUGGAUUCAACGAUGGAAACCUUGGAUCUGGGUGCAACUCUCACUAUUCGGCGUCUUGUGAGGGCGUCUUCCGUGCGCGUGCGACUUCGUACUGCUGCAUGACCUUCUUGAUUCUUGCCCAUGCUGUGAAUUGCCGUGCCCUUCGCGAGACUGGCUGGUCAAUUGAGAACCUUAAGACGUUGAAGCACAACACGAUGCUCUGGAUGAGUAUUGUUGUUGGUACCCUCCUUGUCUUCCCUGUCGUCUACAUCCCUGGUCUGAACCACAACGUCUUCAAGCACUCAGCCAUGACAUAUGAGUGGGGCCUGGUAUUGGCAUCCCUGGUGAUUUUUAUUGCGUUUGCAGAGAUCUACAAGAAGAUCAAGAUCAGAUUGAUGAAGCCUCUGCACUUGGAAGGUAGUGAGAUGGAGAUGGAUCGCAUGCGUACAUAUAUGACCCAGGCGUCGCAGACGGACUCGGCGAUUGACAACAACGAGAAGAACAAAGAAAACGAGAUGACCAAGGCGAGGUAACAGAAACCAAUCAAGCGGGGGGGGGGACCCCUUGGGCAUCCUAUCGACCCACCGACUUGUACCCUUUUAGCAUCCAUUCCUCUUCAUCAACUGCAUAUCCUAAUGUGUUUGGACAUCAAUAAAUCGUUGUAUACUACCUAUAACAAAACUCGCUUGGUUGGGCUUGAACACUACUGUUGGGGUAGUCGCAGCGCCGGUAGUCAGACAAACAACAACGGUAACAAGUGAGAGCCGAGGAAAUGAGUAGCACGCAUGUGUUUUUCUACCUGCGACAACUGCUUUUCUCUCUUUUC